UAAGGAGAUGGGAAUGACAAAAUUACAUGGCCUGGCUAUUCUAGUGACAGCAGGGAUCACUGGUGCAAUCUGGUACCACUACCCUUUCUCCCCAGCCAGAGCUCAGGAACACAAAGCCUCCCCUGGAGACGAUUCAGUCCUAAAAAUAGAUGAAACAUCUCUGAUGCUUCCAUGGAGGAGGGAUGUGCUGGUGCUGACACCAUGGCUGGCUCCAAUUGUCUGGGAAGGCACGUUCAGCAGAGACAUCCUGGAUGCUCAAUAUCUGCAGAAGAACCUGGUCACUGGAGUGGUCACUUUUGCUGUUGAAAACUAUGUCCAGUUCAUAGAAGGGUUCAUGAGCUCUGCCAACAAAUACUUCCUUGCUGGGCACCCCGUGAACUUCUACCUGUUCACAGACUGUCCCGAGAAGGUCUCCCACCUUCAGAUGGCCCCUGAGAACCACCUGUUUGUCAUCCCUGUCCAGCAUGACCCCAGGUGGCAGGACAUCUCCAGGAGCCGCAUGGACAUCCUCAGCUCCUACAUCCAGAGCCAGUUCCAGCACGAGGUGGAUUAUCUGUACUCCGUGGAUAUCAAUGUCCAGCUCCUGGCACAUAUUGGCGUGGAGAUCAUCGAUGCCUUGGUGGCCACCAUCAGCUCCUGGCAGGUCACCCCACAGCAGGAGGACAAAGCCUCUGAGAAACACUCUGAGUCCCAACCUGCCAUCCCUGAGGGACAAGGGGACUUCCACUACACUGCCAGCUUCUAUGGGGGCAGCGUGGCUGAGGUGUACAAGCUGAGCAGAGCCUGCUCUGCAGGGCUGCUGCAGGACAGAGAAAAUGGCAUUGAGGGUCCCUGGCACCACGAGAGCCACCUCAACAGGUACCUCCUGCAGCACAAACCCACCAGGCUGCUGUCCCCAGAGUACUACUGGGACACAGAGCUGAGCUCCAGCAGCAUCCUGGUGAAGAGGAUGUGCCCUGUGCACCAGCACAGCCAGAGGCAAGCUCCUCAAACAAAGAGUGUGAGGCCUUCCUUCUUCUCUGUCUGAAGUUUCCCUCAUCUGCUGUUGGGAAGGAUGAAAGUUUGACAAGGAAAGUCUCACAGAUGCUUAGCAGAAAGAUUUUUAAAUGUAGAGUCUGAUGAAGGAAUAGAGAUGGAAGCAAGUUUUGGUAUAGAAGAAAAGAAUUGCUGAGCCAGUCUUACUGGAUAACCAAGGAGGCAAAGGGUGUGUUAGUUAGAAGGGGGUUUUAUGGCUUAGAGCAAAGGAUAAACCCACCUCAAACAAGAAAAUGUUUUUACCAAGCACAAAGAUAGACAGGCAAACAAGUCAGCGAAGUUGCAAGUAGAAAAAAGGUCUCAGAAUUUUCCACUGCAAGAAAACUGAAAAACAACUUCCAGCUUAAACUGUAAUGUACUGACUUUGAGUGAUUGGAGAACAGUAACAUGAAUAUGGUAAUUACAGUAGUUAUGAUAGGCUAGAGAUAAAAGUUAAGGUAUAGAUUGGUUCUACUGUAUGAAGAUGCUCAGCAAAGAGAAGUAUAGAAUGCAAUGUAACUAAAAGAAAAAUAUAUAAUGCAUUGUAACCAAAAGAAAAGUAUAGAAUGCAUUGGAACCUAAACUAAGGGUCUCUGGAGCUGACAGCUGUAGGCACAGCUCUGUUGCCCAUGACCCUUGAGUGCUGUAACCUCUUGGAUGGAAUAAACUGCAUUUUGGAUACAAUAAACUGCAUUUUGAAUA